AUGGCUUCAGAUGCCCCCAAACCAAACAACGGCCCUCUGAUCCACAGCGCAGAGGAUUGGGUCCCGUCUUUCAAGGACGGAAAGCUCAACCUCGACGAGAGCGAAGAUGAUGGUGAGGUCCAGCGGAUCCUUACCCUACUCACGGGCGGUCAACCCUCAGCCUUGAAGAGCACCGGCAUCCUCUCGGCCUGGAAGCAAAUGGUCCAAGCAUGGUACCCGCAGUUCCUGGACGCAGAUCUCGCCUGGGUCGGCACAGAGUACGCCAAGUUCAUGGCCAUGCAGCUCAUUUACAUCAACUCACAGAAGCCCUUCGAGAGCAUGGGAUUCGAAGCUCCCUACAAUGCUGUGACCGAUGUCGACCAGGGUUAUCUUAAAUGGCUGUGUCUUAACCACCCCGACUUUUAUGAGGCCAACAAGCACAGGGUCCCCCAAUCUGCUCUCAAGGCAGAAGCCUCCAGCCCUACCGUCCCUGCCAUCAAGGCAGGGCCCUCCAAGGAUCCCGUCCCUGCGGCCAACGCAGGUGCGUCUUCGAGCAGCUCGAAGCAGGCAACUCAUUGUUCCAAAACCGGUACCGCUCCUUUGCAGCCGAACAAAGACACCAAGGCACCUGUUCAGGCCAGGGCCUCCGCUACCGUUCAAGAGUCCAACCCUCAACCCAGCAACAUCGAUGCAUUGGUGGAGGCAAGCAGACAGGAGCGAGAGGAUUUGUUUUAG